AUGGGUACUUUAGAAGAAGGCUUCAUUGUGCCCUUCUUCUCUGACUCUGAUGCACAUUUUGAUGCUGUGGUUGGAUAUUUAGAGGACGUUAUCAUGGAUGAAGACUUCCAGUUAUUACAGAGAAAUUUCAUCAACAACUACUACCAGGAGUUUGAGGACACCGAAGAGAAUAAACUCACCUACAUACCUAUUUGUAAUGAAUAUAUUUCUUUGGCAGAAAAGUAUAUAGAAGAACAGUUGCUGGAGCAAAUUCUUGGCUUUAACAUGGCAGCUUUCACAACGUUACAGCACCACGAAGAUGAAGUGGUUGGUGACGUACUCCAAAUGCGGCUCACAUUUACAGAUUCUCCAGCUUUUAAAGAAAUGUUUCUGGACUGCAGAGCAGAAAAAGAAGGCCAGAGACUGGACUUAAGCCGUGGUUUAGUGGAGACUUCAUUGUGCAAAUCAUCUUCUAUGCCAGCUUCCCAGAACAAUCUGCAGCACUGGGACCUACCUCCAGACAAUGAAUGGGAUCAUUCUCAAUGUCACAGGCUCAGUAGUUCAAUAGGCUCGGCUCAUGAUGACAGAACAUAUCCCGGAAAAACUGAUUCUGUUCUGCAACUCUUCAUUCGCAUUAAGCAUUGAUAGG